AUGAUGAAGCAGCAGCAAAUGACAAGCAAGAAUCAUGAAGCUUCAAUAAGAAAUAUACAAAGGCAGAUUGGACAAUUGUCCAAACAAGUUGUGAUUGAAAGGCAAACAAGCUCACUACCAAGUGACACCAUUCCAAAUCCUAAAGAAGAAUGCAAAGGUAUUCAACUGAGGAGUGGUAGGACUUUAGUAAACAACAAAGAAACCAUCAAAAAGCCUGUGGAAAAUGACAAAAAGCCAGUAGAGAAAGAGGAAGCUAGCAAAAAAGAAGAGUUAACAGCAAGCAAGCAAACUCAAGAGAAGCCUGAAAAAGGAGAGAAGCAGCCACAAAUUCCAAGGAAAGGAAAGCAAAUAAUAGAGGAACCAUCUCAAGAACAAAGGCAAGAAGUGAAAGCUCACACACUACCCUUGCCAUACCCUCAAAGGUUCAACAAGGAGACCAAGGAUCAACACUUUCCCAAAUUCCUUGAAGUCUUCAAGAAGUUGGAGAUUAAUAUCCCCUUGGCUGAAGCAUUAGAGCAAAUGCCUCUAUAUGCAAAGUUUUUGAAAGAGUUUAUCAAUAAAAAGAGAAGUUGGCAUGAGAAGAAAACCAUUAUGCUCAUUGAGGAAUGUAGUGCUGUGAUUCAAAGGGGCAUCUUACCAAAGCUCAAAGAUCCAGGGAGCUUUGUAGUUUCAUGCACCAUAGGCAAGAUGACAUUAGAAAAAGCUCUCUGUGAUCUAGGUGCCAGUAUCAACUUAAUGCCCCUCUCAAUGAUGAGAAAGCUUGCCAUAGAAGAACUUAAACCCACCAGGAUGUCACUGGUAAUGGCUGAUAGAUCAAUCAAGACACCCAAUGGAAUUGUGGAAAAUCUACUAGUGAAGGUUGGAGAGUUUAUCUUCUCUGCAGACUUUGUGAUCUUGGAUAUAGAAGAAUAA